UAAAAAGAAUAAUAAAAACUCUCUCUUUCCUUUCCUUCUCUCUCUUCUAACGCAAAAUCCAAAAGGGGAAACCCAGUUCUUCACAUCGCACACCCUACGAAGCUUUCUCCCGAUCUGACCCUUUCAUUUUCUCCCACCAAUCUCUACCUCUGUUUUCUCCUUCAUGUCUCAAGAUUUUACGUUUCAUUGAGAUGGUUUGGAUGAACAAUGGUUUGAGCAAAACUUCGUUGAUGCGAGAGAAUGACGAUAUGAAGACGAACACCUUUUGGGUGAAUGGUUAGUUUUUUAAGGAUCAUUCACUGAAGAAAGCUCGUGACAUUUCCAAGAAAUGGCUUCUAUGGGUGUUGUUUCUACUUCAAAUUUGAGAGAACCAGCUGGCCAUAAUGUUGGUGUUGAUAGGUUACCUGAAGAGAUGAAUGACAUGAAAAUUAGAGAUGACAAGGAAGUGGAAGCAACCGUUGUAGAUGGCAAUGGGACAGAGACAGGCCAUAUAAUUGUGACAACAAUUGGUGGUCGAAAUGGCUACUCAAAGCAGACAAUCAGCUACAUGGCAGAACGUGCUGUUGGGCAUGGAUCAUUUGGAGUCGUGUUUCAAGCAAAGUGCUUAGAGACUGGGGAAACUGUGGCUAUAAAGAAGGUUCUCCAAGACAAAAGGUACAAGAAUCGUGAGCUGCAAACUAUGCGGCUUCUUGACCAUCCAAAUGUUGUUGCAUUAAAACAUUGUUUCUUCUCAACCACCGAAAAGGAUGAACUGUAUCUCAACCUGGUUCUUGAGUAUGUUCCCGAAACAGUUCAUAGGGUGAUAAAGCACUACAACAAGUUAAAUCAAAGGAUGCCACUGAUCUAUGUAAAACUUUACAUGUACCAGAUCUUUAGAGCAUUGUCAUAUAUCCACCGUUGUAUUGGCGUCUGCCACCGGGACAUUAAACCUCAAAAUCUUUUGGUGAACCCACAUACUCACCAGGUUAAACUAUGUGAUUUUGGGAGUGCAAAAGUCUUGGUAAAAGGAGAGCCAAAUAUAUCCUACAUCUGUUCAAGAUACUAUAGAGCUCCUGAGCUUAUUUUUGGAGCAACAGAGUAUACUACAGCAAUUGAUAUAUGGUCUGCAGGUUGUGUUCUUGCUGAGCUAUUGCUUGGUCAGCCUCUUUUUCCUGGAGAGAGUGGAGUUGACCAGCUUGUUGAGAUCAUUAAGGUUUUGGGCACUCCUACCAGGGAAGAAAUUAAAUGCAUGAAUCCCAACUAUACAGAGUAUAAAUUCCCUCAAAUUAAAGCCCACCCUUGGCACAAGAUAUUUCACAAACGUAUGCCACCGGAAGCUGUUGAUCUCGUGUCUAGACUACUGCAAUACUCUCCUAACUUGAGAUGCUCAGCGUUGGAUGCCUUGACUCAUCAAUUUUUUGAUGAGCUUCGUGAUCCAAAUACCCGAUUGCCUAAUGGACGCUUCCUUCCGCCACUAUUCAACUUUAAAGCUCAUGAAUUGAAGGGUGUGCCUGUUGAGAUAUUGGUGAAAUUGAUACCAGAACAUGCAAGAAAACAGUGUCCAUUUCUUGGGUUAUGAGUUUGAUUUGAACAUAACCGUUUCACCGGUGGUGGUUUCUUGACAAAGAAAGCUACGGGUGUCCCAGUCUGUGCUAUUCCUUCUGUUUGCUAUGAGUAUAUCUCUGUAUUACCUGCUACGUUGUUUUGAAAGAGCAGAUCUAGAUAUGUUCUUAAUGAAUGGGUAACAACUCUAUCUAAUGUUCCAUGUGUAUUGAAUUCGGGUUCAAAUGUUUUAAUAUGUAUUAGGAUUUGGAUGUAGUUAAGGUGAAGUUGGCAGCGGAUUUCUUGGUCCGGCUGCCCUCGACGGAACUGGCUUACCUGGCUACACAGUCUAGUUAUUGGAAAAACAUGUGUGUGCCAAGUAUGUAUCAACCUUUUAUCUCCAUGUGCAGAUGAUGUAUCUACUUCCACUUGUACACUUUUAUGAACACGGACUUUCAUCAUCUUUUCUUUCCUCCCUCGCUUACACCUUGUUCAGAAGGGGCCCAUAAUGUAUAUAUUUUAGUUUGGAUUAUAUUUAAGAAUCAUUUUCCCUUGCUCAGAUUCACAGUGAGAUGAAGGACAAGGGGACCCUUUUGCCUUGCUUCUGCUAUUACUUUGCUUGAUACAGAAUGAGGCUCAUUGCUACUGGGAAUUGUAAGGAAGCAAGAAAUUUCUUUUUUCUUCUUUUUUUGUGUGUUCUCUUUCUAAUUCCUUGAAACUCUGGUUAUCCACCAUGGUGGCAAGCUUAAAGCUGUCAAUAACUUGGAGAGUAUUCAACCGACGUAUUUAAGUGAUUUUGAACAUA